GUUAGGUACAUCUCUGCCGCUGAUAGAGAGUUUCGCAUAUAUUGUUAUUAAAAUUUUACUGAGUGCUUUCGUGUUGCCGAGAAAAACAAAAGUACGAAAAUGAGUAAUUCAACUAUUUCGGAUCAAUCGCUAAUGGACAAGUCCAUGCGAAGUGUUUUUGUCGGGAAUAUCCCGUACGAGGCUACAGAGGAGAAUCUGAAGGAUAUUUUCAGUGAAGUUGGACCAGUGCUUUCCUUCAAAUUGGUAUUUGAUCGCGAGACAGGCAAACCUAAAGGAUAUGGGUUCUGUGAAUACAAAGAUCAGGAAACAGCCUUAAGUGCAAUGAGAAACUUAAAUGGAUAUGAAAUUGGUGGAAGAACAUUGCGCGUGGACAAUGCGUGCACAGAAAAAAGUCGAAUGGAGAUGCAGAGUCUCCUACAAGGACAAAACACUGAGAAUCCAUAUGGGGAGGCUGUUCAAUCGGAUAAAGCGCCAGAAGCAAUAAGCAAAGCUGUAGCAUCUCUACCGCCAGAGCAAAUGUUUGAGUUAAUGAAGCAAAUGAAGCUUUGUGUACAAAAUAAUCCAAAUGAAGCACGUCAAAUGCUUCUGCAAAAUCCUCAGUUGGCUUAUGCAUUGCUUCAAGCACAAGUGGUUAUGAGAAUAGUAGAUCCUCAUACAGCAGUCAGUAUGUUACACAAAGCUAAUCCUAUCCCGAAUGUAUUGACAUCAUCAGAGAAACCAAUUCAGCAAGUCCAACCACGAAUCGAGGAACCAUGGGCUCCUCCGCGGCCUGCACCGGCUGUUAAUGCUCCAGCGCCCAUUUUCGCAAGUCAAGAUGUAGAUCUUCGAUUGGAUAGGCAAAUAGAUCCACGUUUAGCAAGGAUGGAUCAGGAUUUGAGAGGACCCCCUCAAACGCAACCCACGUCAGUUGCCGCACCAGUGAUACCAGCUACCACUGAUCCGAGAGGGUCCAAUACAUUUAAUAUUACAGACAACACUCUUCCUGUGGAAGGAGUCGAGAGCUUUUGUCGUGAUCCGAGGGCUGAUAGAUUUGGUAGAGAUCCAAGAGACCCGAGAGAUCCAAGAAUGCCCAUUGAUCCUAGGAUUACCAAAGCUAAUCCGGUUCCUGUUGCACCGCCAAUUGUACCAAGACCAGUUGCUGCACCAACAGUGCCAGUACCAAGCGCCGUAACUAGUAACGCAACUAGCUCUACCGCUGCGCUUUCGCAAUCGGCAAGUUCCGCGACCUCAAGACUUAUGGCCGGAAUGUCUCCGGCGGGAAAUAUUCCUAGCGGCGCAUCUGACCAGGAAAAGGCGGCUUUAAUAAUGCAAGUGUUGCAAUUAUCAGAUGAGCAAAUUGCAAUGCUUCCACCUGAGCAGAGGCAAAGUAUUUUAGUGCUAAAGGAACAAAUCGCAAAGAGUACUCAACGCUAAUAUAAGUCAACUUAAAUUCGAAUGUCUCAACAAUCCAAAAUGUGUGAUAUACAAUCAAUACAUUUUUACUAAAUAUAA